GACAUUUAGUUAACCUAGUUAAUUAGUUACUUAGUUAGCAAGCUUAGCCUUAUUUUUUUGUCCAGGAGCGAAGCCGUAUCUAUUUCUACUGUGGUUUGUUCUGUUUGACGCUUUUUAAAGGGCGAAAUGUAAUAGAAAUAGCGGGCUCUAGCUAAGAGAUACUUAUUAACUAGCCAAUUAGUUAGUUAGCCAACUCUAGCUGGUUACUACGACUAAAAGCAGAAGCUGCUCUUAAUAUUUGGACAUUCCUGGUGUUCAACACAAAUGAAUGGAGCUUCAGAUCCGCCACUGUUUAAUACAGGCACAGGACAAAAACGGUAAUAAAGCUCUGAAGAAAGCAUAUGGCCUAAUUAAAGAAGGAAAGACACCAGUGUGUCUCCUCCCUGAGCUGUAUGUGUUGUGUUCAGAGCAAGCACUACAGCUGGGCUGUAAGGAGAUCGCAGAGCAUUGCCUAAUGAUGUAUUUUGAGACCAACCCCCCAUCGAAUCAGUUUCUAUGCCGCGCUUACUUCUGCCAGGCUCAGUUGAACUCGCCCCACACUGUCACCACUGUGGAGGAUAUGGAUGAGGCUGCGAUGUACUAUCUAAAGGCCAUAGAGAUUUCCAAAGACAACCCGAGGUACCACUUUCUGGUCUUCAAUGCAUCGCUCCUGUACUUCCAGACUGUGUGUGCAUUCCUGCGACCUGGCCAGUGGCAGCACCUGGUCUGCUCUCUCUCACAGGUGGUCAGCGCUCUGGAGGCAGUGCUGGAGCCCGAUUACGCUUGGCGGGCUGAACUUAUGCUACAUCUUGUUGAGUGCCUGUUGGAUACUGGGAAACACAAGGAGGCAGCUGCCUUUGCCAAGGUCACCUCUGAGUUUAUAGAAGCGCAUAAACCUGAAAUAUAUCCGCACAUUUUCUCCAUACAGGUACGCCAUGAUCUUCUAGAUGCCUCCCAAACUGUAGGAAAACGAAGUCAUAAAUUACUUGUCAUCUACAAGAUACAGAAACUUAAACAGGUUUUGUCCAAACUGUUUCACAAAGUGAGUGAAGUCAGUAAUGAAACUGCUGAACUGAAGGGGGUUUUGCUCUUGCUGAGCCAGUCAUCCCAGGCUGAAUCACCCGUUUCUUACAGUUCUAGUCCUGAUUCUGAUGACCGCUCCCUCAUUCUUUCAUCUGACAGGAUUGAGCUUCUGUUGGAGUUGGCCUUCUUCUGUAUGCAGCUGAAAGAGCACAGGGUUGCAGAAGGCUGCCUUAAGGAGCUACAAGCUAUAGAGGGCACCACUGUUGCUCAGCGCAUUAAGCUGGAGUGUGUUGAGUGUGAGCUGACCCUUAAGGGACAGGUCAGCCGCAUCGAGGACUACACCAAAAGCAGUGUGGAGGCCCAGCUUGCAGUAUUUGGGCGAUUGGAAGCUCUGCUCCAGAGAGCAGUGAGAGAAGGAGAAGGGGAGGUGACGCAGUGUGUGUGUGCUGCUCAGUGGAACAGCUGUCUGCCCCUUCUUCAGCACAACCUCCGGAGGAGCAUCAAAAGACCUCUGCUCAAUCUUGCACAUGCACUGGAUGACAUCAACAGCACGUUGUUGGACAUACGCUGUCAGGUCCAAGCUGAGCUGGCUGCUAUAGAGGAGAAAGAGGACAGGCUGGAGCCUGCAUUAAAACAUCUCCACGCAGCCCUGCGCCUGGAUGAGAGAGGCCAACAUCAGGAACGUCUGUCAUCCUCACUGCACCUCCUUCAGCUGCGCACCAGCCUCUACAACACCCCCACUCGCCCAGAGGACCAGGCUGCUGUGCCUAUCCAGCAGGCAAAAGAAGGGAGUGCCUGUAUGCCAACAAAGAAGUGGCGUCCUAUGCUGGUUAGUGCUGGAACUGCCCUGGCACCUGACACCUUCCAGAUGGUGCUGGAUGCAGACAAGGCUGUGCAAGGUAAAAGACACCAUAUCCCUGUGGAGCAGCUUGCUGCCAAGGCCCAGCAUCACUUGACCUGUAUCCAAAAGGUAGAAGGACAUCUGGCCAGGCUGGAGGGAGGCACAGAUGAUAGAGAGAGGAUGAGGUUAUGGGCCUCUCUGGUGAAGGUUGCACGGAAGCAGCAGGUGUCGGAUGUUUGCAGGGCAGCAUGCCGCUUCUGUCUGCUCUAUGAUGAUGGCAGGUGGAACAGCAAGAGUUACAAGUUACAACGGGAUAAAUCAGGGAAGAGAGAGCUCCUGCUUCUUCUGGCUGAGGUCCACUUUAUUAAUGCUGAGGUAACUAUAGUUAAACUUCGGUCUGACAGCAUGGAGCUUAGUGAAUUACCAGUUCGGCCUGUUAAGAAAAAAACACACCAACCUGAGAAUGACUCUCAGUGGACACUGUACAGUGAUUGGAUCCAAAAGCUGUCAGCCUAUGCUACAGAUAAUUUUCUGCGAGGGGCAGAAAUACAGGAAGCGUGGCUGGUGGCUAAUGCAGCUGUGUACCUGUGGAACUAUAACACUCAUUUGCUGUCCAAAAAGCAGUACCCUACUCUUCUACCCACGUUCAGCCGACUAACAGAGUUGCUCAAACAGAUCAGCCAUACUGGGGAUAUAGUGCUUCUGGUCCUCUUGUGUGAUGCUGUUGCUCAGGGAAUGAUCCAACCUUGGUUUGAGGCAGCUGGACAAAUUAAGCCAGAACAAGACACUGCAAAGGGUGGAGUGCAGCAGCAAGCUGACAAGGUGAAAAAGAGUGGAGGAAAGGUUCUAGAAAAACAUAGCUCCACCCAUGGCUUUCCUCUGGAGGUGGCUGCUGUGCAGGAUAUCAAGAAGGCUUUAGAGGUAUGUCACUAUGCUCUGAGGCUGUCCAAUGGGAAUGAGGCGAUGGUGCCCAUGAUGGUCAGAAAACAACUCAUCAGCACGUGGGUGAAUACCAAAUAUCUGCUACAGCAACAGAUUGGACAAAACCUUGACAUUGAUGAUGAGAGUAAAAAUGAGUCUGUAGCAGCCAUGUCCCGUGUGCUGGUGGGAGUGGAGAUGCUGCUGUGUAACUCUAAUCUCGGACUGAUGGAAUUUUAUGUGCCCAGCCUCAGAGUGCUGGCACAAAUGGCAGCAGACUGCAAGUGGUCUGAUCCAAUAGUGGAGCUAUACGUAUGGUCUCAGCUUGCUCACUUUGCCUGCCAGAGCCCUGAUCAUGACCUGGUCAUGACCUGAACACACAAUGCAUUGCAACUGGAGAAGACUGCUAUUCAUAAAGCAAAGGUCCCAGCAAGCAGUCUGUACAGUGUGAAAACAGUAAAGGAAAUGUUGAGCAGCUCCGCAUGUCUCAGAGGAUUGAGUAUGCUUCAUAAGUCUGUUGGACAUCCUUCCAGCUACACAGCAGCUCAUGACAUGCUCCAGUCUAGCAUCAGCUAUGCUGAACAGGCCGUUAGCUGGACUCAUUGUGGGUCUGCAGCCAAGCACUACUGGAAUGCCUGCUUGCCUCUUGUAGAUUUUCCAGAGCAAAGACAUCAGCUCCGGGAACCACUGGAGCUCAUUCUGAAAGCUCUGAACAACACAUACCCUCAACCAGGCAAUGAAAAAUGUGAAGUGGUGAACGUUCAAAAGAAACCUCAAGCAGAGCCUGUGACCACAGCGGCGGACACUGACAGUAGAGCUGAAGAUGUCCUGGCAGUAAUAGCAGCCAUGUACAAUGUGCUAUUUCAUAUCCAUGCUGACACUGGUAAUUUAAAGAGAGGCCUGCAGGUCCUGGAUCAAGCCAUCAGAGAGCUUCUUUGUAGCUCACAUAGACUACUUCUCUAUAAGCAGCGGGUGCUGGUAAAGGCUCAGCAGGGUCAGAGUGUUGUGCUGGACGUGCAGAGGUUUACUGAGGAGGGAGAGCUAGACUGUGCUCUGAUGUGGCAUCAUGUGGCUCUCUGUGCAAUAGACAAACGACAGAAGCUGUCCUGCUACCAAAAUGCCAUCAAUACCCUACAGAGUGUUGAUAAUCUGAAGCAGAAAGUGGAUUUUCUUCUGGAAUUUGGGGAGUGGCAGUACUCUAAUAAUUUCCCUUUGUUGGAAGCACAGCUGGAGAUUCAGAAGUCCAUACAAAUUAUUCUCUCUUCCACCUCGGACUCAAGCCAGAGCCUUGGAACCUCUGAGCAGCCAGAAGGGGUGAUUCCGGUGAGCAGUGUGUUGGACCUAAAGGAAGUGUGGCAUCUAGAUUGCCUCGUGAGGGCAAAUACGCUGCUGGCUCUCAUGGAAUCCAAAGCAUCUUCCCGGCACCAGCAGUACCUGUUUCUUGCAUAUUCCGCUGUACUGCAGAUCUGGAAGGUGUACAUGGAAAGAGCACUGGAAGUCAUCAAAGAGGAACAGAAGAAUUUGAAUAUUCCAGCUCCGCCUGCGUCAGCAGCCAGCAUCAAAAAAGAAAAAGAAAGAGAGAAAGGCAAAAGAGAAUGCAUGCUCAUGCCUCCUCCUGUUGAGAAAAAGCCCAAAGGUUCGAUUUUAGAUGCCUCCCCAACUUCCAGCCCUGAAGAGCGGGCUCAGUUUGAGUGUCCUGAGGUGGUCCGCCAGUGUUUUAGACAGGACAGUGGCAUUAAAGUGCAGGUCAGUGUAUUCCCAACAGGAGGACAUUAUGGCAUUACCUUACAUAUGCACUACAACAUAACCAGAGAUUUUUUUUUCAGGAUAAUAAAAGCCUGUUGUUACGUGGGGCUUGAGUCAUUCUCACCAUACAGAAAAGGGUUGCUGAACGUGGCUCAUAUUCCUGAGAACGAGCAGAUGGCGCGAGCUAUGUUUUUUUUUUUUUUAUGUAUGUUAAAACGUGUGUAUUAUAUUAUGGUUCUAGAAUUAUCCAAACCACUUCUACAGGCUCCUGGCAGUGAGAAGUCUGCAGCUGUAGGCAGUACGUCCAGGAGAUGGCACAGGUACACUGAACAAGAGCUGUGGCUGGAUAAGGCCUCUGUGUGUCUCAGUCUGGGUCUGUACCAGCCUGCUAGAAGCUUGCUGGCUGAGACUCACCUGGUGGCCAAGGAACUUGGAGACCAAACUUCACUGGCUAAGAGUUAUCACCUUUUGGCUGUUCUGGCCAGUCUGGAGCAGCAGCAUGGUCAGGCCCUAGCUUUACUGGAUCAAGCUCAGGAGUUUGUCGGGGAUGAAGGUUUUUGGUAUCACCUCAUUUAGAGCGUCUUAAACACAACUGCAGAGCUUGGAGGCGAAGAUAUGUACACACAGUUUGAUGCUUGGAGCUUGCUCAUUUGCAUCAAAGAAGAGAAACAGCGGCACCUACUCGAUGCCCUCUCAUUUAUGCAGCAGACUGUAUCUCUGCAGGAGGAAGUGCUUUCCAGCUGCCUCAGGCUUCUCCCAUCUCAUGAGAGUGGGCAGUAUAAUCUGCCAGCAGUGUGUGUGGACUAUAGGUUGACUCUGGUAGACCUGAUUCUGCUGAUGCUGGAGAUGCAGUGUGAAGAAGAAAAAUUUAAAUCAAGAAUCCGUAGUAGUAGUCAUGUACUUUAUGGAGGAACAUUACAGUCACAUGAUGUGCCAGGUUGCGUGUGUGUAGUUGGCUUCAUAUGAAAUGAAGCCAUGGUUCAGUACUCUAAGACUGUUUAAUCCUACUGCUUUUCUACAGAUGAGUAUGUAGAACCAAAAAUGGCCCUAGAAUGGGAAAGUUCGUGAUCAAACUUGGCUUGGAAAAGUGGUUGCUAAGUUAAGUAUUAAUAGACAGUUGCUAUCUAAAUUAGUUGGUAAGGUUUUCACAGAUAGUUGCUACUGUAGGUUGUAUGGUAAUUUUGGUGUGAAGUGUGUGGGGUGGGCUGUGUUUAGUGUGCAGUAUAUGGCAUGUUAGGUGGUUGCUAUGGUGUCUGGUGGUUGCUAAACAGUUGCUAGGUGGUUGGUAAGCUGUUGCUAUGGUAUCUGUGGUGGUUGCUAAGGUGUUGCUUAGCAGUUGCUAGGUGGUUCCUAAGGUGUUGCUUGGUGGUUGCUAUGGUGUCUGUGGUGGUUGCUAAGGUGUUGCUAAGCAGUUGUUAGGUGGUUGCUAAGGUGUGACUAGGUGGUUGCUAGAGUGUUGUUAUGGUGUUCGUGGUGGUUGCUAAGCAGUUGUUAGGUGGUUGCUAUGGUGUUCGUGUUGGUUGUCAAUGUGUUGCUAGGCAGUUGCUAGGUGGUUACUAAGGUGUUCGUAGGUGGUUGCUAAGGUGUUGCUAUGGUAUCUGUGGUGGUUGCUAAGAUGUUGCUAGGCAGUUGUUAGGUGGUUACUAAGGUGUUGCUAGGUGGUUGCUAAGCUGUUGCUAUGGUAUCUGUGGUGGUUGCUAAGAUGUUGCUAGGCAGUUGUUAGGUGGUUACUAUGCCGUUGCUGGGUGUUAAAGUUAUUACUUUGUAUUUGUCAUCACCUCCCGUACCCGCGCCCCCGCCUCGCGCUGCAUCCCUCCGGCCUUUAUAGUACACUGCACGACCUCUGGUACACUGCAGUUCACUAUAAUACACUAUAGUACAGUGUGGUACACGAUAGUUCACUAAAGAGCAUGGAGCGGUGUGAGCGCGGCAGAUACAAACGCUGAUUGUGAGAGUGAGAGCGAUUAAAAUCUAAUCUUUGGUAACAACUCGCAUUGUUUGAGCACACUGAUUACUCCACCUCAUUUCUGUUUGUCUACUGUGUGGACAGGUUAGAUGGGCACCCUACAUAUACACACACGCAGGAGCACAUUUGUUUAGACACACUAGGUUAGGGGCGGGUGCUAUUUUUGUAUUUUGGUUAGUUUAGUGUUUUUGGUUAGGCAGUUUAGUUUGAUUUUAUUAUUUUCUUUUCGUUGGCACAGUCCUUUAGUCCACCUUUAGACAUUAUAGUUUCUGUUGAUUUAUUUUCUAUUUAAAAUACACUUUCUACAACCCCUGGCAAAAAGUAUGGAAUCG